AUGACUGACCCUUACUCUUCAAAUCUAUACUCGCAGUACUUCAGAUUCGAUCAAUUCUGCAAUAAUUCCGCUACAAAUCUUCCUCAUCAUAUUCAGUAUAACCUUCACGAACAACACCCUCAAAGCUACCACUACUACAACAGUACUGCCCAAUCUUCUUCAUAUUCUAACACGAGAAUUACUAACAGUUUCUACUUCAAUCCAUCGACUUCUGUCACUAAUCGGCAUCCAACCCCUCCACCUUCUCCUCCUCUCAGAGAAGCUCUCCCUCUUUUGAGCUGGAGUCCAUCAAGAAAACAUGAAGAUUAUCAUCAACCUUCUUGCAGUAGUACAACUCAUCAAGAUAUGGAUGUGGAGGCCGUUGAUGGUACUGGUGAUGAAGAAGAUGAUGAAACAGCUGUAACUGUUGCACUGCAUAUAGGGCUUCCUAACGCAAGUGCUGCUGAUCUUGCAUCUUUAAUCUCAAAUUCAACAAAUUCUUCGUCUACAACUUCUGAGAUAAGGGUUCCUUAUAGCAUCAAUGAUAAGACUAAAGAGGGAGAUGGAGAUGAAGGUAAUCUUGGGUAUAACCCUAUCAGCAGACUCAACAAGGGUCAGUACUGGAUACCAACGCCCUCCCAGAUCCUUAUUGGCCCUACACAGUUCUCCUGUCCUGUUUGCUUCAAAACCUUCAAUAGAUACAACAACAUGCAGAUGCAUAUGUGGGGGCAUGGAUCUCAAUACAGGAAAGGCCCAGAAUCUCUAAGGGGAACUCAACCAACUGGCAUGCUAAAGCUACCGUGCUAUUGCUGUGCACCGGGGUGUCGCAAUAAUAUUGAUCACCCACGAUCAAAGCCACUGAAAGACUUUAGAACCCUCCAAACACAUUACAAAAGAAAACAUGGAAUCAAGCCUUUCAUGUGUCGCAAAUGUGGGAAAACUUUUGCAGUUAGGGGAGAUUGGAGAACGCAUGAGAAGAACUGCGGGAAGCUUUGGUACUGCAUUUGUGGUUCGGAUUUUAAGCACAAAAGAUCACUCAAAGAUCACAUUAAAGCUUUUGGCCAUGGACAUGCAGCUUAUGGUAUCAAUGGAUUUGAAGAAGAUGAUGAACCCGCAUCAGAAAUCGAGCAAGAUGAUGAUGAGAAUUUAUGA